GGGGUUGGGGCCGGAGCGCAGCCGGGCUCCGGGAGCGGCGGGCAGCGGGAGCUCCGGGCCGCCCCGGGGCGAGGGGGGGGAUGGCGGCGGGGGUCGGGCCUUGCUCUCCCGGCGCGGAGGGGAGUUGCGGGAAGUUGGGCGUGCGAGGAGGGGCCCCCGCCCCGACCCCUCCGGCAGGGGGAGCGGGGCCGGGCCGGGGGCGGCGGGGAGGCCGGGGGGCUGCGCGGCCGCAUCCCCCCGCGGGGGCGGCCCCGGGCUCCGCCGGCUCCUUUGUGCUCCCUCCGGCCUCGGCCGCUCCUUUGUCUCGGUGCGGGCCCCCCGCCGCCCGCUCCCGCAGCGGGGCAGCGCCGGCGAUGCCUGCCCGCCGGCGGGCCGGCCGCAUCCCAGAGCCCUGCCGGGGAGGGAGAGUCCUCUCGGCUCAUGCCCGCCCGAGCAGCUCGCUCCCUCGCCUUCUGUCGGGGAGAAAAGAGGGGAAAAAAUAAUACGUGAAAUCAGGGCGAGCUCUCCAGCUGCAACGCCGAGCUUCCGUCCGGAGCGAAGCGCGCCUGGGUCGAGACAGGGAGACUUUCUCACAGCCAUCCCGGAGUUGCAUCAUCCGGCCUGACAGUCCCUACCAGGGAGCACUGGAAAGUUGUCCUCGCCCUUUCCCCUCCUGCCCCGGGCCUGCUGGGGGACCCUGGACCUCAGCUGGCUGCCGACCACCAAAAGCCAGCGGCUUCUCUGCUGGAGCUGGGGCACCGGCACCCUAGCCACACCGGGCACCCAGACAGGCCUGGCUGCCGGGGGUUACCUCGGGGGGGAAAGGACCAUCCGGGCAGUGUCCCCACUCAGCGCCUGCCGGGCUUUCAGCAGCCACUCCCGGCCACGUUUGAGGGAGCUGCCCUCCUUUGCACCGUGGGACCCGAGCCUGGCUUUUCCUUGGUCAACGAUUUAUAACACCACGCCAGGACAGGGAUUGAACUCCACAAUUUUCCCACAUCUACUGCAUUGCUUCAGUCUAGGAUUUGUUUUCACACACCCCAGUCUCCCUGUGCUGCCAGGACCCAGGCAUGGUCUGUAUUUUCCCAAGGGCAGGAGCGACUCACUAUUGGCCCAGUGAACAUCUCUCACCACCAGUCCCUCACAGAGGUCCCCAGAGGGCCAGAGACGCCUGUCUCGGGGUGAAAAGGGAGCAGAGCAGGGCACAGAGCGAGCGGUCUCUCUGAUUUUGGGGUGGGUUUGGUCUAGGAGCUUCCAGGCUAGUGUGGAGCAGUGAGGAAAAGGAGCGCAGGGCAGUGGGAGGGACCGUGGCUCUGCGCCCCAGAGAAAGGGCUCAUUGAAGCAAGGACGGGCAUUUGCGGUUCCCAGCGUGGCCAGGGGGUGACGGCACGCACAGCAGCCAGCAUUGUGCCACUGGUGCCGAGCAAACAGGGCUGGGCCGGUCUCUCGCCUGUCUUGGUGGUCUGCUGUCCUGCCCCCCUUGCUGCCUGGCAGGCUGGUGUGCUCAGUCACGCACCUUUGCUGCAGGUGCUGCUGUAAAACCUACCCCACUGGUGUCUGUGGUUUCCAACAAGUUGGUUUCACAGUUGUAGGUGUUUUAGCCAGCUCAGCUGGUCCCUGCUAGCUCCUGGUCCAGAUCAAAGCCCAGAAGGCUGGUCCCUGCCUGGCAAGGCAGCCUGGCACAGCUGCAGAUGCACGUGUUUUACCCCCAUGCCCAGCACUGUCGUCUCUGGAAGUCCUGAAACAUGAUGCGUUCGCUCAGGUGCCAGCAGCAGCUGUCUUCUCUGCUGGGUCAGGAGAAAACACCUCUCUUUGGACACCACCCAAGGUGAGGGAGAGCAAAGACCAGCCUGUCCUGACGACGCUGGUCCUGUCACAGGCAGUAUUCUGCCCGACGCCAGCCUCUAAAUCCCUUCUGGGCAGUGCUUUUUGGGACACAAGAAGCAAGUACAGCUCAUCUGAGUCAUCCCAAUACUCAGCGUGCCUUCUCAGGGGGCUAACAGUAGACAGAAGACAACCUCGUGCACCUGGAGUUUGACAGCACAUGCAAUGACAAACAAGUUAAAUGGUGCUUGUUUGUACCAACGCCGGCUACUGCUGCUGCUCCUGAGCAUAACCUCCCAUCUCCGUGCUUACCUGUGUGCUUCAGCUCCUGGGGGUGGCUUUGCCCUGGGUGCCCAGUUUAGAGAGGAGCAGAGGACCAAGCCAAGGCAGGUCAGAGGGGCAGAGCCAGGAAGGGAAUGAGGAGGAGAAACAAGUGUGACCCUUUUGUUAACUGGAGGGACCAAAUACAUGGAAGAGCAAACCCCUGGCCGUGUCCCCGGAGGGCUGCCCAAGCCAGAGGGGCAGCACAUCUGCCCUUCCCAUCCCAAUCCGCUCACAUCGGGGUUUCUCUGUGCCAUGGUGGGACAGGCUGGGGCUACUGCAGGUGCUGGCACCCUGUCCCUGCCCGCCCUGUUUCUGCCCAAGCCAGAAGGACUUUGCAUUCCCAACUUUCUCCUCCAACAGGCAGCUUCCGGGCUUCAAUUUGAUGAGGCCUGGGGCUAUUCUAGGCACUUUAUAAAUACUGUAAGAGCUGACUUCCCCCCUACCCCCCACCUUCCCCUUUUUUAGCUUGAAUACAUGUGUUUUUAACCAUAAAAUACCUGCCCGGACAGCCCCCUUAGCUGCGCUGUGGGGAGCAGACUGAAGUGGUGCCACACUUGGAGAAGAGCCAGGGGCAGGAUGAAAAUUGCUGGGAGAUAGAAGCACAGCGGGAAGGUCGGUGGUGUGUUUCCCAAGGCCAGCAUCAGGAGGAAGUCAAGAGCGGCAAUAGUUGAUAGAGUAAAUACAGAGGGAUUUGGGUUUUGUUCCCCAGGUUGCAGGCAAAGAGCAGCAGGGAGAACAGAUAAGCCUCUGCACCUUAUCUCUUUGUUGUUCUGCCCCUGUGUUUUGCUGGCCCAUGUUGCUGCUGUAAAUCUGAUAAAGCAAAGCACUGUGGAGGAAAUUACUAAGAGCAGCAGCAGCAGGUCCCCAUGAGCUCCUUUCUCCCAGGUAGGAAUGCACAGGAGUGGACGAAGGGGUGGAUGGACAGAGGGAUCUUGGCAGUGAGGGAGCUUGCAAGUAGGUGUUUGACUGCUGUUCCUUGUCUGGAGCUCAGUUGCUGCCUGUUGAGUCACUCGAGGAAAAUGUGACUUCAUCCAGUCACACCUCCAGCUGGCUUCCCCCUCCAGCCUGCAGGCAUCUUUCUGUUCCUGGAUCCCACCUGGUAGGUGUUCAGGGAAGCCGGAGGAGGGGGAUGAGAGCCCCAAAGCUUUGUGAAAGACCUUCCCUUUUCCAAAAUGGAGCCCAAAACCCCAGCUCCACUCUCCCAGGCCGGCAGUCCUGCGAAACGCCCUGCAGAAAGGUGACAAGAGCAUCCCUUACCCCCUUCCUCUCACUAUGGGGCUUUGCUGUCCUUGCCCUGGGGCUACACUGCUCUUCUCACCCCACCUACCACACCAGUGGGAGCAUCCCAUCCAUCCCACGAGCUGACUUGCUGCAGCAGACUUGGAUGAUUUGGCACCUCCGUUACAGAGUCCUUCCUUCUUGCUCUGGCAGGGUUAGGUUAACUUGCUAGUAGUGGUGGAUAUAUACACCUGAGCAGCUUUGCAUGGAAACAAAACCCGCACCACCACCCGAAAGAAAAAGCCCCUUUGCUGGCUUUGACUCAGCCGGGAAAUCCACAGAGCUUUUUAUCCUCCUGAUGGUGGGAAUCAUAGCCAUCCCUGCUGAAAUGAAAAGCAUUUCCAGCCUGAGGGAUAGGAAAAAGCAAGGAGCAGCACUGAGGGAGUUCCCCCAUGCUAAGCGUGCCACCUUCCAUGGCAGUGCUCCUGGAAAUUAUUCCACUUUGCUUUGAGAUGCGCAGAGUAAGAGGAGAGCGUUGGCCGGCUGCUGCCUGCGGGCACCAGAGGUGAUGUCUGUCUGUCUGCUUACACUGGCGGGCACACAUCCCCUGGGAGCGGCCGCGGGCGCUGCACCAUGGCACAGUAGCAGCAUCCCAGUGGCUCUCCUCACACAUCCCAGCCCAGCGGAGCCCCGGCAGGCGUCCGGUGGGGAGCACAUGGGGCGCACAGAGCCCCUCUGUUCCCACUCACAAAGGGACGCUUGUGGCUUGCUCACUGCCCCGGCUCGCAGGCCCCAACGAGGAAGAGCUUUAGGACACCAAGCAGUCCCAGCCAGCCUCGCUGCGUCACCCCAUGUGUCCCCCAGCCCCAUGGAUCAGCCCUGCACGGGCCCCUAUGCUUGUCGCCGCCGCCCUGCAGGUCCCGGGCAGGAUGUUUGCAGCUGGCUGUUUAUUUAACAAAUUAUGUCUGCCCCAGGCCUGUGAAUCAGGGUUUUUGCCAGCGCUGCUGGAAAUGGCUCUCUGUGUCAUCCCCACGAAUAAUUCCUGGUCUGUGGCUCAUUUGUGGUUGGUUGGCUGGGGGCAAUAGAGGGGGAAAACCCCGUGCUGGCUUUGCCCAGGGAUCUUGUCUGAGCAAGCGGUCGAUGCCAUCUCCCACUGCUUGCGUGCUCGGGGCAGCGAGGGGACAGUCCCCUGCCCUAGGGAGGCAAAGGAAGGGAUGCAGACUGCCUCUGCCACUGCUUACCAGGUUUCCACAAACUCAAAAGUCCUUUGCAGUGGCAAAGCCAGUGGCUUUGCCAGGUGCUGAGAGACAUGGCCACACACCGAAAACUUUGUAUAUUUUUUUUCUUCUCUCAGUUGCUCAAAUUCUCUGACAAAUACUGUCAUCACAGGGGCACCGAGCAGGACUGAGGAGGGGGGGACUUGGGAGGCAGCACAGCAAAAGGCACCCAUCCCGGCUGCUGGCCUGUCCCGUCCCUGAGGAGCAGCCAGUUGACAAACUAAACUAACAGGGCUGUUAAACACACACACAUGUUGGCCGGGGCGGGGGGGGAUGCUGGUGCCACUCGCUGCAGGGGGAAGGGGGGAGCUGGGAUGCCACCAAGGGAGGGCUUGGGAGCUGCCGGGGCUCUGUAGGGUCCCUGCAGCCCACCAAAGUCCCAGUUUCCUGGGUGCAUGGGUACGGGUGUCUCUUUAGCAGCUUUUGCUGGGAAAGAGAUGGCUCAAAGCCAAGCCCUGGGAGCAGAGUGGUUUGUUCAAGCCAGGAAACUCCUGGUCCUCCCACAGAGAGGGCCGGGGACUGGGCGGGCUGGGAUGCUGCCCUGGCCAUGGGGCACAUCCCUCUCCUCCUGCCCACAUUCCCUCCUUCCCAGUGGGAGGGACAUACAGUGAGCAACACCAAAAAAUGCACAUUUUGGCUGAGGACAGCGCUGAGGAGUUUUGGGCGUGACGCAAUGCCUGGCAGGACUUCCCCACUCCACCCCCUGCUGGGGCUGUGGGUACCGCAGCUCAGCCAGGGCAUCUCCCCUCCAGCAAACCCUGGGGGUCCCCCAAAGGACCAGGCUCCGCUGGGCUCCCCCUCCAUCACCCCUGAAAGCAGAGGCAGGACAGGCUGCUAGGGUCACACUGGCAGGAGCCAAACCAAAGCUAAAUAGACUUUCCCUGAGUCACCGAAAGUCUGGCCAAGAAAACGGGAUGAGCAAACAGCAUCACCCACGCAGCCAGCCGCCGGCCGCGCGAACCAGCAGCCAGGUAGCAGGUGCCAGCAAGCUCUACGUGUGUAAAUUUGUGCACACGAUACGUACUAGAGACCCACCUCAGGGUCCUGAACGGUGGCUUUGGCCCCCAAAAUCUCCACCAUGUCCCAGCUGGGAUCUGGGUUUGGUGCAGCUCAGAGGGGCUCCCGCCAUCACCCCGAUUUCAUUGGUGCUGGGAGGAGGAGGGCUGGGGGUGGGGCGGGUCCUUUCUGCUGGGCAGGAAUGCUGAGUCUCCUGGUGGGAAUUGCAUCCCACACCAAGCAGCUGCACCAUCGUUUGAGGUUUUUUUCUUUUUGGAAAUAGCCCCCAGGAGCAUUUUAUGCCCCAAGCAGGACUUGGCGGCCACAACAGCAGUUUCUAGCCCGCCGUCAUUCUAGAAACCCUCUGGGUUUCAUUUUCGUGGCUGAGCCGCCGCUGCUGUACCACGGGAAGGCGGAAGCUGUGCAGCCCCACGCCGGGACCCCACGGCAGAGCCUGCAACCCUCCCCAAAAGUAGCUCUUUCCAGAGGCUGGGAGCCACGACGCUCUGUGGAUCGGGAUGAGGAGCUGCUCUCACACCUAGUGGGGACCUUGCUGCUGGCAGCAGUUUUUUGGCUGGCGGGGAGCAGGCAGUUGUCGGGGCUCUGGGGAUUGGGUUUCAGGGCUGGCAGGGGCAGCCGGCAGAGGCAUGAGAAGGGGUCCUGUCAGGAAGAUGUAUUUUGGGAAGGAGGGGGAGCAGCUGAUGGGGGCUUCGGGCAGCUGCUCCUCACAGGCAGGAUGGGAUCGGUAGGGGGGAGCUCCUCCCUUCUUACUGCUCUUGUCAAGACCUUGUUGGUCAUCCCUUGUGGGAAGGGUCAGCCUCUGACCCCUUCCCACUCUCCUGUGCCUGCAGAGAGCCACCACUGCGCUGACCCUCCUUCUCCCCACAGGCAGGGCCGGUGGGGCAGAGGAUGCCGGGCAGCUAGCCUAGGACAACACCCCCACCCCCCCCGGCAGGCAGGAGGGACACGGGUGUCCCCUCCAUGGAGAUCCGACGUGCUUUGCCCCAGGAUUUCUGGGAGCUGCUGCACUGCCUGAAGAUGAGGAGCAAGUACGCCGUCCUACUGGUCUUUGUCGUUGGCCUUGUCAUCAUCGAAAAGGAGAACAACUUCAUCUCCAGGGUGUCAGACAAGCUGAAGCAGUCUCCACAGGCGCUGGUGGAGGCCAACGGCACAGAGGCCAGCCCAGCGCCAGCUGAGAAUGGCUCACUGGCCUCGCUGCGAGAGCUGGAUGCUGCCUUCUCCCAGCUGAGGUCCCACCUGCGCAACGUCACCCUGCAGCUGGUGGGCGAGGGGGACCCCGGGCCACGGCGGCAUGUCUUGUUGAUGGCCACCACCCGCACCGGCUCCUCCUUCGUGGGGGAGUUCUUCAACCAGCAAGGCAGCAUCUUCUACCUCUUUGAGCCCCUCUGGCACAUCGAAAGGACGGUGACCUUCGAGCCAGGGGGAGCCAACGCAGUGGGCUCAGCCCUGGUGUACCGGGAUGUUCUCAAGCAGCUCCUCCUCUGUGACCUCUACAUCUUGGAGAGCUUCAUCUCACCAGCACCUGAGGGCCACCUGACACCCUUCAUGUUUCGGCGGGGCUCAAGCCGCUCUCUCUGUGAGGAGCCCGUCUGCACACCCAACGCUAAGAAAGUCUUCGAAAAGUACCACUGCAAGAACCGCCGCUGUGGCCCCCUCAACAUCACCCUGGCCGCCGAGGCAUGCCAGCGCAAGCAGCACGUGGCCCUGAAGACGGUGCGCAUCCGGCAGCUGGAGUUCCUGCAGCCGCUGGUAGAGGACCCUCGGCUGGAUGUGCGCAUCAUCCAACUGGUGCGGGACCCCCGGGCUGUCCUGGCCUCUCGCAUGGUGGCCUUCUCCGGCAAGUACGAGACCUGGAAGAAGUGGGCAUCCGAAGGGGAGGCUCCCCUCCGUGAGGAGGAGGUGCAGCGGCUGCGGGGCAACUGCGAGAGCAUCCGUCUGUCAGCAGAGCUGGGGCUGCAGCGGCCGGGCUGGCUGCGGGGUCGCUACACUGUACGCUACGAGGACGUGGCACGGGCGCCCUUGCAGAAGGCAGAGGAGAUGUACCGCUUCGCCGGGCUCCCGCUCACCCCCCAAGUGGAGGAGUGGAUCAGCAAAAACACACAGGCACCCCGUGAUGGCAGUGGCGUCUACUCCACCCGCAAAAACUCCUCUGAGCAGUUUGAGAAGUGGCGGUUCAGCAUCCCCUUCAAACUGGCACAGGUGGUGCAGGACGCCUGCGCCCCAGCCAUGCACCUCUUUGGCUACAAGCUGGCCAGCAGCCCCGCCGCCCUGGCUAACCGCUCCUUCAGCCUGCUGGAGGAGGCACAGCCCUCCUGGGUCACAUAACGAUGCAGGAGGGAUGGCGGUGGGGGGGCGGGGGAAAUGAGGAGCUGUGGCCGUGCUCCCAGCUGGCCCACAGGAGACCAGGGGAUUCCUGCUCCUGGAGAUGCUCCUCGCUACUGCCGGGGUGGAAAUCAGCAGCCCCAGGAGCCGGGGCAUCCUGGCAGAGCUGACUCCAGGUCCCACAGAGCCCAAAUUACACAUUUCUCCAGGAAUGGGGAAAUCACAAGGGUGAGAGGCAGUGGGGAAAAGUAGGGGAUUUGGCACCAGGGCCACCUCCCCAGCUCACAGGCUGCACUGAGGAAGAGGAGGAGGGCGAGGACAAGGUGAGGAGGCAGCAGAACCAAGCACCUCCACAUUGCCACCCCUCCAGCUAGGACAAGGCGAGGACAAGACCCCCAUGGUGCCAGAAAGGACCCAGACCGAAGAGGCCUUACUGGUUUAGUGCCUUUAUACACCAGCACAGACUGGGAACUGCCCCAGAGGCAUGCCAGGGCAGGAAUCACCCACGGAGCCCUGGCAGGCACUUGGGCUGUAAUUAAGUGGGGUGACUUUGUGGUUCGGUACUCUUCAAAGUUAGUUUGGGGGGUUUGGGGUUUUUUCCCCCGCCCCGUGCAUUUGUGUACCAGGGUUGCAAAGUGAAUUUAUUUAUUUAUUACACAAAAAAAAAAAAAAAAGAGGGGGAGGCAGAUCAAGGAGCUAAGCCCAAAAGUCAGACCAGCACAGUAUGUUGCAAAGAAACAGAAAGACACCUAGAGCCAAGGUGGUAGAGGUCAGAUUUCAGACCACCACGUACCCUGCCGCACGACCCCGGGAGAGCCCCCGGGGUCUAAUGAGCUAUAAGGCCCCCAGACCCCCAGCGGAGUGCAGCCAGUGCAGGGGCUACACCCACCCAGCACGGUAGCAACUGUGAACCUCAGUGCCUGCUGGAAGAUGGUUGGACUUAUUUAAUUAAAAACAAAAAUACAUUGGCACAGAGUCCAAAGCACCUCCUGUCUCAUUUGGUAUUCAUAUGCGUCCCCCACCCAGGGGGAGCCCCAGAAAUACUUGCCGGCAGCAUCAGUGGGUGACCAAUACCUCGUAGAGGUAUAGGGAGUUGCAGGGUGUUUACCACAUGCAGAGAUUCAACCAGCAAUAGCCUGGCGCCAAGCUGCCUGCCCACCCCCACCCCCCCCAGUUCACAAUUAAUGGAUUUAAAUGCCUAUUUUUAGCCUGCUUUGCAGCGCAUCCUUUUACUCCCCGUUUAUUUUGGGUUACGGCUGCCCAAGGGAGAAGGCAGGCAUUUUGGUGGAGGGUAGCAGUUGCCUCUGCCUAAGACUUACCGGGGGAGCCCUGAGGGGUCCCCACUGCCCCCCAGGCAUGGCCAGCAGCCACACGCCACUUCUCCCCAGCCAGAGCUGUUGGCCAAAAGCAAAAAUAAGUAAGUAAAGUUAGGCAGCAGCUGGCCACAGCUGGGCUGCGUUUCUGCCGGCGGAGGGUGGCCGGGAAGAACAUGCUGGGCUCCAGCGACAAGCCACGGCUGGGGCGCUCACAAAAGCCGUGUUUUUGACCCAAGAGAGAGAACAGAGGCAGCAUUGAGGAGCGCGGGGGCCGGCUGGCGGGGAGCAGCCAUGCCGGAGCCCUGGGCAGCCACCCGCCCGUGCCGGCUGGAGAGGUGUUCUGAGCAUGGCUGCCUCGCUGGCUGGGAGCAUCUGGCCUCAAGGUGUGAAUUCAGGGUGCUCGAUGCUGGCUGGCUGGGGAGAGGGGGCAGAAGUGGGCUUUUUCUUUGCUUUGAGCGGCAUGGGCAAUACCAUCAUCGCUCGCAGGCGAUGGAGAGCAGUCAGCCCCCUCCCUGUCUCACACAGAGCUCUCGGCAUUGCUAGCGGCCCUGGGUUUGCUGCCUGAAUUGGGUUUUGUUUGGAGGCUUCCUGCUGGGUAAGUGGUGGGGUCACCGAGGUCGAUCGGAUACUCCACAGCUGCCUGCUGAGAAAAGGCCACGGAGCUUGGCCAGCACGAGGGGCAACACAGCCAGACCCAGGGCAACAGCUACAGGCAAACGCCUCUCCUGCGCUUCUGCAAAAGUACCCAUUAGGUUGGCUUUGGCAAAGCAAAUAAAGUUCAAAUUAAUUGCUCCUUUGCAGAACAGCACAAGGGGUAAAUAGCUCUUAGCUGCCAGAGCUGGGAAGGGGAUGUCAGAGGGGCAUCCAGCAUCCCCUUCCCAUCCCACCCUGCACGGAAGAGCCUCAGGGCUUGGGCAAAGCAAGGUUUAGGGGGCAAGGACAGGCAAAUAAAGGGAAAUACAAAGCAAUCCGUGAAGGAUGGGAGAACGGGGCUGAGCUGAGGCCAGAGGGGACGGUGACAACUGCCAGUUCUCACCUGGGCUGCCUGCACAGCCUCAGCCCUGGCUGGCUCCAGCCUGUCAUUUCUAGCUAAGCACCAGCAUUUCUUCCUGGACGCCCUCCAGCUUCCUGUCAAAAAUGCCACAGGACAGAAAGAAAACGCACCCCCAACCCAUGCAGAUUUCUGCAGGGGCUAAUUGCUCCCAUUAAACCCACGAAGCCGUGACUCCCACACAGUGCCAGACGCAUUGGGAAGCCACAAGGGACACACGGCUCCUUUUGAGACUAAAGCAGCUGAAUUCUUCCUGUGCCAACUGGGGAGGUUUGUCCCCCCAGGAGAGGCACUGCCUGCUCGUCCCACCCCAGCCACUGUCAGGCCUUACCCUGGUCCUUCUCUAUAGGAGGAAAGGCAUGGAUUCAGGAGGAAAAGCACAUUGGGAAAGCCCCAGCAAGAGGCAAUGCCAUAGAUUGAGAACAUACCUGCAUUCAGAUGGGUCACACAGGAAACAGGAGCCACAGCAGAUGCAGCAUCACCCUUCUUCCAACAACACCAAUGCAAAAACACCCACUAUCCUCCCUUCAAGGGAUUCAAGCUUUCAGAAAUAAAACAGCUCCUGAAAGGAUAAGGUUUGCCUUAAAACAAGCAAACAAAUAAAAAACACCCUCCCACCCCUUACUUCCCCAGCCCAAGGCUGCUCCCACCCCUUUAUAACCUGCCCUGAGCAGGUCAGUGCCUGCAGCUGCGCUGCCUCUGGGCUCACCCGCUCAGCCUGCCACAGCUGUGUUUUGGGAGAAAUUCAGGCACAUUGUGGUGAUUCUUAUUGUCACCAGAGAAACACUUUCUGCAGUAGCCUAGAACAGCAAGGGGACACAUGUCCUGUGGGACAGGGCCACUAGCCGAAGCCUGCUUCUCCUCAGGGUUAUUGGAGGUGACACGAGAUGAUGGAGCACCAGAGAGAGCUUUAAUAAAUUAUGUAUGCAUGGUUCCUUUCUAAAUGGGAUCUUUCUGGCUGACGCUUCCCUCUGCCAGUCUGAUCCAGACUUGACUUUGGACAGCAGGUACACGCUGCUGUUUCUCUGCCUCCCUCUUGGAGACACUCGGGGCUUGCUGGGGCCACGCUGACGUCACUGGGCUUGCCAUGGAGAGGCCAUUCUUGCUUGAGUCAGAAGAUGCCUGGCCCACCAAGUAAGAGAGCAGUUGAGGCUCUGAAAUGCCACCUUAGAUGCCAUGCAGUUUAAAGGUGCCCAGGUGGCGAACUGCUAACAUCAGCUGGCAGGGUGGAUGCCUGCUGGGCCAUGAAGCCAAGCCACCAGGCUGGCCCAUGGAAAUGCAUAAAAAGGCCUUUUUCCAGCUUGGCACAAGGUUUGUCCCAAACAUCAGAAGUCGUGGCUGCUCUGCUGGCUGUCCUGACCACCCCCCCCCAUCCUCUUUUCCUCACUUGCUCCAGCUCCAUUUAAUGGGAUCGGAUGAGCUAAUCCCUCAUGUCCCCUAGCAGUGCUAUCAGAUGGGAUUUCUGCACCGUGCCAGAGGGAAACCCAUUGCCCAAGCAAUCGUGUGCCCUUACAAGCCCCGCUGGCUUCUGCUGGAGACUGGAUCCACCCUUGCCCUUCACUCCAUUGCAGUGCUUGGUGUGGUUCCCACAGGGAGCUGAUGCAUGGCUACGGCUUCACCACCCAAAUCCCAGGUCGGUGGGGGGACCUGCGGGCCAGUGAGGGACUGGGGGCUGCAGCACACAUGGACAUUUCAGCAUUAAAUGACAGCCUUGUUUUCUGUUGUGUUUUUUUAAGAGACUGCAUGCCUGACCAGACCACAUUUCUUGGUCUGCAUCCCAUAUUUAUCCUGUAAUUACACCUUCAGACAAAGGCUGCCUGUCUGUGAGACCGAUUUUUUUAAGGACACAGUU